AUGGAGAUUGCUGCACAUGAUUUUUCUUUCUGCCAAGCUGCACAUCCCCAGCUUGUUAAAGACUUCCUUAGAAACAAAAUAAAGACAGCAAACUAUAUAAUUGGUGGGAAACUAGAAUUUCAGAGCACUCAACUCUUUUGUGAUCAAGUCCAAAUUUUUGCUCACUCAUAUUUACAGAACCAUGAAGAGAUGUGCCAGAAGGUUUUAUUGGCUAAGAAUGGCAUCUUGAUGAUGGGCCAAAGUGCCUCAACAGACCAAGCAGAUAUCUUGGGCAGUCACACCACCACCAGCACCACGGCAAAUCGAACCAGCAUUGUGACAGACAACUCGCACACUGAGCUUAAAGCCCAGCUACAAUGCGAUGGCAAAGGCAUGAAGACUUGUUUGGAGCUGGUUUUGUCCAUGAAGAAUGGUAAAUCUGCUGGUGUGGAACCAUCAACAGACACAGAUGAACAGAAACAGAAGGCUAAAUCCGAGAGCCGGGGUGAUGAGGGAGAGCCAAACCUCAACCAAGAUGCCACCCCAGCAGAGCAGCAGCAGCAACAAAAACAGCCCUCAGCCCCUCCAACGCCAACUUCAGCAAAUUCUGAGAAGGAAGCAACAGAUAUGAAACUUGGCAAGUCUGAUUCAAUUGACCAGAGUAAACCCAAGUUAUCAGAUGAUGCCAAAAGAUUAGUCUUCAACAAAAAUGCAAAUCUUCAUGAUGCUAUUGGUGCAUUAAUCCGUAACUGUAUCACUGAAACUAAAUUUUCACCUGACCAUGCUCAACCAAAUUCCUCUGAAACAAAACAGACAAAAGAGGUUACUGGUAGUGUGCAGCCUGAUAAAAAAAUUUCAAUGAAUGCUCCUGCCUACAAGAACUAUGAAUCUAACACUGUUGACAACACCUGGAGAGUUCCAGGUGGCUACUACCAAAACCAUCAGCCAAUGCCUGUUGGACAAAAACAAGGCCCUGUUUCUGAAAUCUCAGAAACAAUCACUCCUUCCCCAAAGUCCUGGAAAGGUUCAGGUGAGUUGGCACGCAAUGGUAACCAAUCCUCAAAACCCGUGAUGCCGAAAGACAAGAUGCAACCAUCACCAGAAGCUGUGGCCAAAACAAGUGGCAGUGGGGGCCAGAGUGUUGUCCAGUUGCAGGCAUUUAUUAACAAAUGUUUAGAGAACACGUGGCAACAGCAGAAGGUUGGUAUGAGUGAGAAACUAACCAACAUUGGUAAGGGUCAGUUUAAUUAUAGCAAUGACAUUACACCUGGGGACCAACAUCAGCAACAUGCUCGCAAUGGCCAUCCAGAGGAAGUGUGCAUUCAGUCAGAACGUCCACCUGCUGUCCAACAAAUGUACCACCAAAACAUAAAUCAAGUGGCUUAUUAUUCAGAAAUGGCCAAACAAGACCGCACUUCAAAUGGACUGGACCCAUCCUCAAUAAGGAAGGAGAUAGGUGAUUCUCGGUAUAUACAUUCAUUCCAAGCAACUAAUAACAAGGGCAUGAUGGAAGGCAUUAGAGAUAUACGUCAGCAUCCACAGCAGCAGCAGCCACAACAUCCCCAGCCUCAACCCCACCUUCAUCAACAACAACAGCAGCAGCAGCAACAACAGCAUCAUCAUCAUCAUCAACAGCAACAACAACAGUAUUAUACGGGAAGUGAGAUGGCUGCAGCUGCUCUAAGCCAGACCUAUUCCAAUAUGAUGGCUCAAAUGCACCCAGGCAGCUCCAAGCCUAACCAGCACAGUGCUGGUGAUGGAUUUGAAAGUGCAUUUGAUGCAAAAGAACUCAUCAAUAAAAUCUCUUGUCAGGCAAGGGCCAUCAACAAGUUCUUUAGCAACUCAGGUGAACCUGCCGAACUGCCUUACCAUUCUUCCAAGAUGGGCCAGCACCCUGCAAUGAAAGUCACUGAUCAGCAGCAUGCUGACUAUGCUAACAAGACUCGUAGCAUCCACUCUCCAGCCAGCAGUCCAUCACACAUGAUGAGUCGUAGUCAUGAGAAUCCACUGGGUGGCCUUUCAAAGCGCAUGAUGUAUGAGGACGGACGAACUAUUAGCUACAUGGAUCGACUUAACCACACGACAGCAUCUAAAGAACCCCAGCAGCACAAUAUAUCACCAAGUUACCGUCAACACAAAGAAGAUCCAUCAAACGUAAUGAGUGAUAUGCAUCACUUACAAGCAAAUAUUGCACCUGGGUCAAGGCUACAGGGUGACAUGCAACAGAGAGUAGCUCGCUUGAGCCAGCAACAGCAACAAGAAAUGAUGGUCCGCAGUUCACAAGCAGGUAUCAUAUCCAAAUAUUCUGAAUCUAUGGUUCCACACCAGAUGUAUGGCCCUAAGGAUCAUUCUGCUGAUCGCAUGUCCCAUUACCAAACGUCUGCUAUCUCAGCUUCUCCCAGUGGCAGCAUGUCUUCUGUUACAGGAAACAGUGCAGGAGGUGUUAGUUCGUCUGUUGGUACUUCACAUGCAAAAACAAUGGAACGUAUUCUGGCACCACAUCACCAGCAGCCUCACUACAUGCAGACUCCUGGGGGUGGCAUGAUAAAGUGGGAUGACCAUGCAAGUCUUAAUGCUCGCUAUCACCAAAUAUCCCCCCAAUCAGCACAGUCAGUGAAGGUGCGGGGAGCUUCCACUGCCAGCAUGCCCAGUCCCCAGGAGGGGGAUGUUUUAGCUACAAUGGCUGCCUCAAAGAAUCACUCUCCCAGAACCCACUCCAAUUCUUCACAAUCUGCUGGUAUGUUGACUCCGUCAUUCAUGUCCCCAUCAUCAUCGCCACUUAUUCAUCACAAAGAUGGUGCUGCUCCAGGAACUCAGAAAUUACAGACCCCUUAUAUGGACAGCUUAGGAAAACCCAUUGCUCCUGGUGACAGUUCUUUGCGAGGAUCAGUGGCUGCAGCUGCUGCAGGUGGAUUGGUACCACAACGAAGACACACUGUCUCUGAUAUGGCUAACUAUUCAUCAGAACCUUCAAAGUUGCAGCAUGCAAGUAUGCGACCUCUGUCCGCCCCUGAUGCUGCAGUCAUCUCAGCUGCUACUGCUGUUGCCAUGCCAGCUACUAUGGUUGGCAGAAAACCUCGUGUGGAAGGAGAAAAUGUGCUUGAUCUAUCUGUGAAACGAAAGGCCAGUGAUGGACACUCUAUAGCAUCUGGCAGUGUUCCAGGAGUUGUUGCUCCUUCUUCAGCACCUCAGUCAGCCUCUAAUCAAGACUCACCUCUUGACCUCUCUAAAAAGAAGCCUGAAGAACAGUUUUUGAUGAUGAGCAGUGGUGGCAGUCGUGGUCGUGAAAUGGUCUCUCCUGGGAGUUCAUUUCACACUACCGCAGCUGCAGGAGGUGCAGGCAAAUCCGUACCUGCCAAUAUCUUGUUAAAACAUCUCGAAUACAGUGUUCAGAAAUAUUGCAGUAACAUUGGUGGCAGCAACCCUGGUGCUGGUGCUGGUGCUUCCUCACUUGGACCUAACAUGCACCAGGGUGAACGCAUCACUCCCCAGUCAACAGCAGGAGCACCACAGAGCAACCAUCUCCAACACCACCAUCAGCAACAGCAUGCACAGCCGCACUUGUUGACAGCACCACAGCACCAAACAGCACAUCCACCACCACCGCCACCACCCCCGCCACCACCACAACAGCAGCAGCACUACCAAACACAACAACAGCAUCAGGCUUACCAGAAGCAGGGACUGGCAGCCACACAGAUGAUGAUGCCCCAUCAACAGGCACGCGGUGCUGAGCUUGCCCUGCAUCCUACAUCACAAUAUGUCUCAAGCCGCAAGGACUUUCCCCAUGGCUACAUUACACCAGACAGCCACCAUAGACAAUCACAACAGAACUAUCCCAUAUUCCGGCAGCCUACACUUCCGGCUCUGCCUAAGCAUGGCCCACAUUUGCAGUCACAACAGCAGCCACAACCACAACAGCAACCACAACCACAACAACAACAACCACAGUCACAACCUGUUGUGCAGCCACAGGCCUAUCAACUGUCUCCAGUUACUGCACCAACUGCAACUACCCAGAAUGUCAGUGCCUAUCCCUCACAGAACAUGGAACCUGCUCAAAACAACCACAGAAGUUCCAAACCUGCUAACCCUGCAAGUGAAAAACUCGAUAACAAUUGCUCAAAAAAACACGAUAUCUCAAAACAUGAACCUGUUCAAAACCUGUUGGGCAACCAUGCUCCUGACGACGUUCUCUAUCUUAUAUGUAAAUUAUGCGGACAGACUUACGGUAGUCCAUACAGUUUUAGGAAGCAUUUCCGAAACCAGCAUGGCUUUGAACCCCGCCCACACCAUACGGUGGUUCAGUCCAUCUCUGCAACCAUUUCGUUGCUUAAGGGCAAGCCACCAGAAGCAAAUGCUAUGAUAAAAAAUGAAGAUGCUCUUCAAGCUAAAAGCAUCAGUAAUCCUGUCAGUGUUGCUGACAGUAGGGUCGACAUCAAAAAGAUCGAAGUGGAGGAUCAAAAGUUUGAUGUCGAUCUCUGUACUGUAACAAAUAGCUCUUCCUUUAAGAUCAACCCAGAGGAUGCUGCCUCCCAAAAUAGAAACCCACUGGAGAACCCAAUCUCCAGUCAGGAGGAAACCAAAUUUCUCGAAUGUCCUGAGUGUGGCAAGCAGUUUCAGCUCAAUGAUUUCGGAUCUUAUAAAAAGCAUUGCCGUUCACAUGAGCGGAAUAAACAUGGGGGUGGCAUCUCAGAGUAUGCAUUUGAAAUGUCAUCUCAAAUGUGGAAGCGUAACCUUUCUGCAGAUACAGAGGGAAGACAAUGCUCCUCUGUGCCCACUCCUGAAACAAUAUCAAAAGAACGAUGUCCAUCUGACUCUGGCUCAAGCAUCUCUGUUGACCGGGUCCUACGGCCAAGCUCUUAUAGUUUUGAUACUCCUAAAUCUGAAUUGUCAUCGCAGUCAUCAACUGCUGGCUCUCAGAAUGAUAAUAGUAAUGAUACAUGUAAAGAUUAUCCAUUGCUCUCAAUUCAUGACAUCAAACAAGAGAAUGAUCCUUAUGCUGGUCAGCUCAAUAGAACUAGUGAGUCUCAGUGGUCAAGGACUUGCAUAAAAACUGAAGCUAAAUGUGUUGACUCAAAGGAUGGUGAGCAGCCUCCGGUCAUUACUGAUGACCCUUGGUAUCCUUCAGAUGACUCUUGUGAUGAGAAUCGACUGAAAAUAGUAAUGUCCGAACUGGAUGAGGGCAGCAGUGUAUCUGUAAAAAAGGAAGACAAUCAGGACACUGAACUGACCAGUGAUAAAAAUUACUCCAACAACAUGGACUCUUCAGAAAGUUUCUGUGAUCAAUCUAAUACUUCUGAGCCUAGUAGCACCAAUGUGACACCUGGUGGUCAGCCAGGUGCUAGCUCUGCUAGUUCGCUGGCAGAUACCAACUCAAACUCAUCGUCAAAAAAACAGUCAGACAUUGCAACAAGUGAAUGUGAUAAACCUGAGGUUCAUAAUGAAGACGAUGAGACCUUUACUUAUCGACAUAAGAAAUUUCAGAAGUUUGGGAGCCAGUUUAAGCGAAAAGAUAGUAAUGCAGCUGACUCCCAGGACAAUGCUGUUGAUUCAAAGCACACAAUCAAACAAUUCUUUGAACAUCUGAUCUUGGGAUUUUUUUCUAAAAUUUCUCUCUCUCUCUCUCUCUCUCUCUCUCUCUCUCUCUCUCUCUCUCUCUCUCUCCUUAUUGUUGCUAACGCUUUCUCCUUUCCUCCUCCUCCUUCAUUUUUCAUUAUCUGCCCCUUGCUUUCCUCUCUAGAUGGGAAAACUCAGUUAGAAUUCCUCGUCUCAAUCAACAAAUUUACCUUUGUUUCAAACAUGCACAACUACCUUUUCCCAAAUACAUUCUUUCUUUCUUCUCUACAUUCUUACACUAUCUACGCACAAUGGGUGGUAAACGAAGCUUCUAUCUAUCUAAACCUGUUCAUUAUCUAUCUAUAUAUCUAUCUAUCUAUCUAUCUAUCUAUCUAUCUAAACAUGUUCAUAUCUAUCUAUCUAAACCUGUUCAUAUCUAUCUAUCUAUCUAAACCUGUUCCUAUCUAUCUAUCUAUCUAUCUAUCUAUCUAA